CAGUGAACCCCCAGAACUUCUGGAAUAUCUCCAUCUUGCCGCCUCUUCUUCGCGCGUGUACGUUCUUUGGAAUUGGAUGCACGUAAGGUGUUCGACCCUUGUCCUGGUCCUGUACGCGCGGUGGUUGUUUGCUAAUUGCCGCAUGCCAGCAAGGGUUGCUGACGCUGUAGAUCCAAGGGUCUCUGGCGCGAUUGAUUCCUAGAAAGCAAGUGCGAACUUAACUGAUCUUGCCGACAGUGCUCUCUGAGACAAACUAUGCAACUGCGACUGGAUGCUGUUAAAAGAAACUGACAAACGUCUUUCCUGCUCCUUCUGGGAAAUAGAUACUCAGUCUCUGGACAGGGCUACAUCCAAUUCUGAUAUCAACUCCUUUCAUGAUCAUCAUGAAUUUAUGAUCCUUAUCAUUUCAUUUGUCGACGUAACUUUUCUGAUUGGCGGGGUAUUUUUAGUCUUCGGUGACUUUUCUUGUUGAGCUGUUUGUCAUUUGUUUUUCCACAUGAACCUGUUUUUCUCUACGUCUGAUUUAUUGCCCUUUCCUGUAACAUCAUUGGAUAUUUGAACAUUUGAAGUAUUAUGUCACAUCUUCAACUACAUGGCACAGGAUAUCACACUAGUUGUUGUCACACCCCUUUUUUUUAUUACUUUUGAUAGAGAUAUUUGUCAUUACAAAAUGUAAAAGUUUGUUUUGUUUUGCAUGUCCUCACUUACAAAAGAGAAUUUAUACAUAUUACAAUAUGCCUUUGCUUGUCUCCUAAAAAUCACUAGGUCCAUAUUCAAUAUGAAAGCAUGACAAGCUUUUUUAAAGGAUAUAAAUCUGGAUAUAAAUUAAAGUUUAUAUCGGGUGGACAAGUGCUUUACAGCAAAGCUCAAACAGAUAAUUGAUUCCAUUUUUCAUGCUGUUAACAGCUAGGCAUGCCCUGUGAUGGAGAAAAUAUAGCAUCAGCACACGAUGUAGCAACAACCAUAUGUUCGAUAUUAGGCGACUUUCUUAUUGAACUGGUUACUUCAUAUAUGAACGUAAAAUUCCAUAUGAUCCUGUUUUUCUCUAACAUAUAAUUCCAUUGCGCUGUAACAAUCAUUGGAAUAUUUCAACAUUUGAAAUCAUGUUCUAUCUUUAAUUGCAUGUCACACAAGACAAAACAUGGUCAUUGUCACACGUUUUCUUCUGAUAGUCAUAUUAGUCAUCACAAAAUUAAUAACAAAGGACAAUCUCCAUCUUAUUUAAGACUUGGAAGGGAAAGAAUAGAAUAAUCGCCUCCACCUCCUUGCUCAACCAUGAAAAUCCAGAGGACACGGCAGCUCUUGAUCCUCCAUCUUCUCACUCUUAUCCUCCUUUUCCUCACAUCCAGCUCUCAACCUACCAACAAUGGAACUGCCAACAGUGGUGAUCUCUCGGUCCUCCUGUCAUUCAAAUCCUUCACCAGGGACCCUACGCACGCACUUUCCUCUUGGUCUUGGGACCAUGCUGGCAACAGUACCAGCACUAAGGUGCCUGGUUUCUGCAAAUGGAGGGGUGUGGCCUGCAGUGACCGCCGGCACCCCGGCCGUGUGACUGCCAUACGCCUGCAGGGCUUUGGCCUGGCCGGCACAAUCUUCCCGCAGCUCGGCAACCUGACCCAUCUUCGUGUCCUCAAUCUUUCAAUGAACAACCUGGAAGGUGACAUCCCAGGCAGCCUCAGUGGCUGUGCAGCACUUCGUGGCUUGGACCUGGGGGUGAACUAUCUCUCUGGUUCCAUGCCUUCUUCCAUGGGUCUCCUAUCAAAGCUCAUAUUUCUCAACGUCACUCAUAACAAUCUGACUGGUGAUAUUCCGAUGUCAUUCUCCAACCUAACAGCCCUCACAAAGCUUAGCUUGCAGAGCAACAAUUUUCAUGGCCAAAUUUCUAGAUGGUUGGGCAACCUGACAUCAUUGACACACUUAGACUUAACCAACAAUGGUUUCAGUGGCCACAUCUCUCCGGCUCUAGGUAAGAUGGCUAAUCUUAUUCGAUUUGAAAUCGAGGAUAACAAACUGGAAGGCCCUUUUCCUCCAUCCAUGUUCAAUAUUUCUUCCAUCACAGUCUUCAGCAUCGGCUUCAACCAGCUGUCAGGAUCUCUGCCGCUUGAUGUUGGCUUUAGGCUUCCCAAGCUAAUUGUUUUUGCCGCACAGGUGAACCAAUUUGAAGGAUCAAUACCAGCUUCCUUUUCAAAUGUAUCUGCACUUAAAUAUUUGCUUCUCCGCUCAAAUAGUUAUCAUGGUCCCAUUCCACGGGAUAUUGGCAUCCAAGGUCGUUUGAGGUCAUUUUCAGUAGGACACAAUGUACUUCAAACCACAGAGUCUAGGGAUUGGGAUUUUCUUACAUCAUUAACUAAUUGUAGCAACUUGGGAAUACUAGACUUUGAACAAAACAACCUCGAAGGUGUUAUGCCAGUUACUAUUUCCAACCUAUCAGCAGAGCUCCACUGGAUUACACUAGGUAGGAACAAAAUAGCUGGGACCAUACCUGACGGCUUAGGCAAGUUUCAAAAGCUGACGAAGCUCAUCCUGUCGGAUAGCCUCUUCACAGGCACCUUGCCUCUGGAUAUUGGCCAGAUUCCUAGCCUCCAGUAUCUUGACCUAUCCCAUAGUCAAUUUGAUGGUCAGAUUCCACAGUCGUUAGGUAACAUCACACAGUUGAGCAACCUCUCUCUAUCUAAUAACUUUCUGGAAGGCACAAUUCCAGCAAGCCUUGGUAAUCUGACAAAUCUUGGAUCUCUGGAUCUUUCUGGUAACUCCUUGAGUGGGGAAAUCCCACGGGAAAUACUUCGUAUUCCCUCUCUGACCGUACUUCUCAACCUCUCUAACAACGCUCUAACUGGCUUCAUUCCAACACAGAUUGGGCACUUGAACAGCCUCGUCGCAAUCGACAUAUCAAUGAACAGGCUAUCUGGUGAAAUCCCAGAUGCCCUCGGCAGUUGCGUCCUACUGAAUUCCCUAUACUUGCGAGCAAACCUUUUGCAAGGGAAAAUCCCGAAAGCUUUUUCUUCUUUGAGAGGCCUUGGAAAGUUGGAUCUUUCUAGCAACAACUUAGUAGGACCCGUACCAGAGUUCCUUGAGAGCUUCGAGCUUCUAACAUAUCUCAACCUCUCCUUCAAUAACCUAUCUGGCCCUGUGCCGAAUACAGGUAUCUUUCGCAAUGCCACUAUAUCGUCGCUCGCAGGCAAUGACAUGCUGUGUGGAGGUCCUCCGUUCUUGCAACUCCCUUCAUGCCCAUCCAUAGGUUCACACCAGGCUUCGCAGCAUCAGCGUCGUCUCAUUCUCUUUUGUACGGUUGGAACUUUGAUCUUGUUCAUGUGCUCCCUGACUGCAUGCUACUUUAUGAAGACAAGAACCAAAACAAAUACUGUUUAUCAGGAAACCGGAAUUCACAAUGAGAAUUAUGAGAGGAUAUCCUAUGCCGAGAUAGAUUCAGCAACAAAUUCAUUCUCACCGGCAAAUUUGAUUGGCUCUGGAAGUUUUGGCAACGUGUACAUUGGAACUCUAAAUCUUGAUGAGAGUUUAUAUACUGUAGCAGUCAAAGUUCUCAAUCUUGGCAAACAGGGAGCUAAUAGAAGUUUCUUGAGGGAGUGUGAAGUCCUAAGGAAGAUCCGACACCGGAAACUUGUCAAGGUUAUCACUGUGUGCAGCAGUUUUGACCAUCAUGGGGACGAGUUCAAGGCACUUGUCUUAGAAUUUAUCUGCAAUGGAAAUUUAGAGGAGUGGCUGCACCCAAACAAAAGGACUAACGGGAUGACCUUCAGAAGGCUAAGUUUGAUGGAAAGACUAUGCAUUGCUCUUGAUGUUGCUGAGGCAUUAGAAUACCUUCACCAUCAAAUUGAGCCAUCCAUAGUUCACUGUGACAUCAAACCAUGCAACAUCCUUCUAGAUGAUGACAUUGUUGCCCAUGUUACUGACUUUGGUCUAGCAAAGAUAAUGCAUAGCGAUGCAUCCAAGCAAAGUGGCACUGGAACCGCAAGCAGUUCAUGCGUGAUUAAAGGCACAAUUGGAUACGUCGCACCAGAGUAUGGCUCGGGAUCUGAAGCCUCCACAGCUGGUGACAUAUACAGCUAUGGGGUGUUACUAUUGGAAAUGUUUACUGGAAGAAGGCCAACUGACAGUUUCAUUAAUGGUGCGACCAGUCUUGUUGACUAUGUCAAAGUGGCCUACCCUGAUAAGCUACUGGAAAUACUGGAUGCUACUGCAACCUACAGCGGAAACACGCAACAUAUCAUGGAUAUAUUCUUACAUCCUAUAUUUAAGCUCGGUCUAGCUUGCUGUGAGGACUCUCCCAGGCACAGAAUGAAGAUGAAUGUUGUAGUCAAGGAAUUGAACUCCAUAAGGAAGGCAUGUGCGGCUCAUCUACCUGUUCAUGAGUUUCGGGGAUCCGCCUAGUCGGGCAAAGAAUGAAAGGUUACGAUCAUCUCUACGCUGCGUGUUGUCACCAAUUCACCAUGUUCCAUUGUGAUUACAGAGGCCUGUUCGUGGUGAUUCUGAAGUCACCAUUUUACUUCCAUUUUCCAUCCAGUAUGUUUCGUCACCAUCCGUGCUUCCUUUUUAGAGUAUUCAAGAAAAUCCAUGUGCCAUUGUAUUGAAAGUAUAAGUGAUUCUCUUGUAAUCAUCAGAGAAUAAGCUAGUUGGGCCACCAUACUCCUAGCAAUGUGCUGUUGUCACCCUGUGGCAAUGUGCUACGAAAGCCAGUUUGUGGCAAUUACAUUUCACUCUCCAUUUCCCACCCAAUAUGUUCUAUCUUAGCAUAUGUAACAGAAUUUUGUGCCGUUGUAUUGAAAGCAGAGGCGAUUUACUUGCAA